GUCUUAUCAGUGACAACAACAAUAUGACAGCUAUGAAAAGCUCCACUGCGCAAUGCCCCUUCUGUCCGAACACUAACUCUGAGAAUGACCAGAGGGAAAAUGUUGACGGAGACAAUUUAAAUACUGCCAGCCAAAGAAGACUUCCAACAUCCUCUCAAAACUACAAUCACCCAGGAGAAUCAUGUGGACGGGACAGGAAAGUGAAAAUAAGGAAGAGUGUGUCAUUUGAUGAUGAUGUCAUUGUCUACCUGUUUGAUCAGGAGAGUCCAACUCUGGAGAUGCACUUUGAGUCUUACACAUCUCUGAUGAGCAGCUAUUCCUCCAACCUGCCAGGUGUCACAUUAGAAGAUAAUGCCUUCGAAUGGGAGGAUGACUUCUCGGCUUUGGAGAAGAGCUGCCAUUUUCAGUAUGACGGGCACUCUCAUCCCUACAGCCUACUGCAGACACAUAACCGGACCGCCCAGUCCAGACCAGAGAAUGGCUGUCUAUCCCAAACCUGCCUUUUCCUCACCUAUGUCACUGAGUCAGACCUGGAGUGAGAUAAGGGUUUGUUGAAGCUGAGAUCUGUUCUGUCAGAGAUAAGAGGAGUAGCAAGAUGAAAUCCAAAGGGAAGGCUGUGAAGCCAUCCAGAAGGACCUGGUCCGACCCGGAGCCGGAAUUCGAGCCAGACACAGAGCCGGGCUCCAGCGAGCAGGAAGGCUCAGAGGCCUCGGUCCGGAUCCGUGGCUCCUGGAGGGGCUCUCUGAGGAGCGGCGAUGGCAAGAGGCAGGGAGGAGGCCGGCGACGCAAGCAUGGCUCCAGCACCAAAGAGCGCAGCAUCCGUCGACUGGAAAGCAACGAAAGGGAACGCCAGCGCAUGCACAAACUCAACAAUGCCUUCCAAGCGCUGCGCGAGGCCAUCCCGCAUGUGAAAACCGAGAAGAAGCUGUCCAAGAUUGAAACGCUGACCCUGGCUAAGAAUUACAUCAAAGCUUUGACCACCAUCAUCCUGGAUAUGUCAGGGGGCUGCCUGCCUGCUGGGGGGGUCCCUUCAGAGGCCAGCGCUGCCAAGCUCCUCCAGUGCUACCAGCAGCACCUGGAGGAAGAGGGGGAGGAAGGUCUCACCCAAUACCUAACCAGCAUGCAUAGCUUCAGCCAGCAAAGCUAACAGUAAGAUUAAAGCAAGGGGAGCCACCAGGAGGGCUGGACAAAUCAAACAUUACCCACUUCCUACAGUCACACUGCUCUUAGAGACGUUCAGCUGUGUUUCCUGUAGGAAGUGGGCUCUUUUUUCCACCCCCCAGAUCAUAGACCUCUAAUAAAUGCUAGCAAGAGGUGGGCUGUGCAGAACUCCAUGCAAAAUAUGGAAGGAUUUUAUACAGCAGACAUGAAGAAUGCAGACUGGAAAGUGAAACCAAAUGGACCAUAGUUGUGUAAUGUUAUGUGCCCAGGAAAGAAGGGCUGCUUUUUUUCCACUCUUUUUUUUCUUUUUCUUCUUGCGUGUUGUGGUUUAAACUGGGGAAGGGGAUUGUUCUCUUUUGUGUUAUCUUGCCAUCUUCUUGUAUCGACUCUUGAGAAACCUGCUCAGUGUAACCUCGAGCCAUAACUGUUGCAUCCAUGAAAGAAAGACAACUAAGCAGAAGGCUUAAAUAUUGAGGUGUUGUUGCAAGAAAGUGCUCACAAUGAUAAUCCACCCUUGAUCUGAACGCGUAGCUCAUUUCUCUUCUUCUGCACACAGAAGAGUUCUUAAAGGCACAGAUGCUAUUUAACGUGUAUGUUACUUGCUUAUCCCCCCUCCCUGCUGUGUUUCCAUGUGUGUUUAAGCUGCAAACUUUGUGUGAAACAUCAUAACGGGGAAAAAAAAACAUUU